CCCUCCUAUCCGGCGCCCACCACUCGUCGCCUCACUCCUCUCAUCCCCUCCUCCGAUGGCGCUCUCCUCCUCCGCGGCCACCGCCUCCACGGCGGCCGCCUCCUUCGUCUCCGGGCACCGCCGCACCGGCACGUGCCGGCCGUCGCUGUCGUCCUCGUUCCUCAGCGCCUCCCCGCGCGCCGUCGCCGCGAGGAGGCGCGCCGCGGCGGCGCCCGUGGCGAGGGCGGCCGCGGUGAUGACCGUGCGCGCGCAGGCGGGGAAGAAGAGCGUGCUGAUCGUGAACACCAAUGGCGGCGGCCACGCCGUUAUAGGGUUUUACUUGACGAAGGAGCUGCUCGCCGCCGGGCAUGCCGUCACCGUGCUCACCGUCGGGGAGGAAGGGUCCGACAAGAUGAAGAAGCCACCGUUCUCCCGCUUCUCGGAGCUGACGAGCGCCGGGGCGAAGACGGUGUGGGGCGACCCGGCGGACGUCGGCGCGGCGGUCGGCGGCGGCGCCUCGUUCGACGUCGUCCUCGACAACAACGGCAAGAACCUCGACGCCGUCAAGCCGGUGGCGGACUGGGCGAAGUCGGCCGGCGUGGGGCAGUUCCUGUUCAUCAGCAGCGCCGGCAUCUACACGCCGUCCGACGAGCCGCCGCACGUCGAGGGGGACGCGGUGAAGGAGAGCGCCGGGCACGUCGGCGUGGAGAAGUACCUCGCCGGGCAGUUCGCCAACUGGGCGUCGUUCCGGCCGCAGUACAUGAUCGGCUCCGGCAACAACAAGGACUGCGAGGAGUGGUUCUUCGACAGGAUCGUGAGGAAGAGGCCGGUGCUGAUCCCGGGGUCGGGGAUGCAGCUGACGAACAUAACGCACGUGCGUGACCUGUCGAGCAUGCUGGCGCUCGCCGUCGAGAGCCCCGGCGCGGCGGCGGGGAGGAUCUUCAACUGCGUCUCCGACCGCGCCGUCACCCUCGACGGCCUCGCCAAGAUGUGCGCCGCGGCCGCCGGCGCCGCCGCCGACAUCGUCCACUACGACCCCGCCGCCGUCGGCGUCGACGCCAAGAAGGCCUUCCCCUUCCGCAACAUGCAUUUUUACGCGGAGCCGAGGGCGGCGAAGGAGGUGCUGGGGUGGACGAGCACGACGAGGCUGCCGGAGGACUUGAAGGAGAGGUUCGCGGAGUACGCCGGCAGCGGCCGGGGGGAGAAGGAGAUGAGCUUCGACCUCGACGACAAGAUCCUCGCCGCCGUCGGGGCCGCCGCGCCGGCGAGCGUCGCCGCCUAACCUAGCCUAGGCCGUCGCGACUCAUCUCGGGAUCUUUUUCUCUCUGUUUUAAUUUUGUUUUCUUCGAAAUUUGAAGACUGCAGAAAGCAAACCAUAUAUAUGCACAGGAGGAAUGAUGCUAAAAAA